AUGGCUGGUCGUGUUACUCAAAGUGCUACCAAGAGAUGGCUCGGUGACAAGGGCACGUGGCCCGUGCUCGUAACUUGCGUAGCUGCCGCUGGCUUGUGCACGGCGCAAUGUGUGCGCUACUUAUCCGGUCAUCCGGAUGUGAAUUGGAACAAACAGAAUCGCCAGGACAUUUUCCGUUACAAGGAGGACGCGGGGGCCGAUUGGCAGUCGCAUCGUCGCAAAAUUGCCACGAUGCAUAAGAAUGUCAUUAAUGAAGCCAAAGGUCUGAACAAAUAA